AUGACCCUGCCCGGGGGCCCGACGGGCAUGGCGCGACCGGGAGGCGCGGGGCCCUGCAGCCCCGGGCUGGAGCGGGCCCCGCGCCGGAGUGUCGGGGAGCUGCGCCUGCUUUUCGAGGCGCGCUGCGCCGCGGUCGCUGCCGCCGCCGCCGCAGGGGAGCCCCGGGCCCGCGGGGCCAAGCGGCGGGGGAGACAGAUCCCCAACGGGCUUCCGCGAGCUCCCCCUGCCCCGGUGAUCCCGCAGUUGACUGUGACGGCCGAGGAGCCGGACGUGACCCCGGCCAGCCCCGGGCCGCCCAAGCCGGAGGGUGGCUGGCUCCCGGCCGUGGGCUCGUCGCACCUGCAGCAGCCGCGCCGCCUCUCCACCUCGUCGCUCUCCUCCACUGGCUCCUCGUCGCUGCCCGAGGACUCGGAGGACGAUCUUCUGAGCGACAGCGAGAGCCGGAGCCGCGGCAACGUGCAGCUGGAAACGAGCGAGGACGUGGGUCAGAAAAGCCACUGGCAGAAGAUCCGGACCAUGGUGAAUCUGCCCGUCAUGAGCCCUUUCAAGAAGCGCUACGCCUGGGUGCAACUGGCGGGGCACACGGGGAGUUUCAAGGCGGCGGGCAGCAGCGGGCUGAUUCUGAAGCGUAGCUCAGAGCCCGAGCGCUACUGCCUGGCACGGCUCAUGGCGGACGCGCUGCGCGGCUGCGUGCCCGCCUUCCACGGCGUGGUGGAGCGCGACGGCGAGAGCUACCUGCAGUUGCAGGACCUGCUGGACGGCUUCGAUGGGCCCUGCGUGCUUGACUGCAAGAUGGGCGUCAGGACUUACCUGGAAGAGGAGCUGACCAAAGCCCGCGAGCGGCCCAAGCUGCGGAAGGACAUGUACAAGAAGAUGCUGGCCAUAGACCCUGCGGCACCCACCGAGGAGGAGCACGCGCAGCGCGCGGUCACUAAGCCGCGCUACAUGCAGUGGCGAGAAGGCAUCAGCUCCAGUACCACGCUUGGCUUCCGCAUCGAGGGCAUUAAGAAAGCCGACGGCUCCUGCAGCACAGACUUCAAGACCACGCGAAGCCGGGAGCAGGUGAUUCGCGUCUUCGAGGAGUUUGUGCAAGGGGAUGCCGAAGUGCUGAGGAGGUAUCUGAACCGCCUGCAGCAGAUCCGGGACACACUGGAGGUCUCUGAGUUCUUUAGGAAGCACGAGGUGAUCGGCAGCUCGCUCCUCUUUGUGCAUGAUCACUGCCACCGCGCCGGCGUAUGGCUCAUCGACUUCGGCAAGACCACGCCCCUCCCCGACGGCCAGACCCUGGACCACCGGCGGCCCUGGGAGGAGGGCAACCGAGAGGACGGCUACUUGAUGGGGCUGGACAAUCUCAUUGGCAUCCUGGCCAGCCUGGCUGAGAGAUGA